AGCAUGUGACAGCUUCAUACAGCAAUCUCGAAACUCAACACACGCCAUGCUCUACGACCUCAACAUCGCCUGGUCGCCAGGCACGCCCUCUGCCGAGCUAGAACGCACCCUCAAGUUUGCCAAAACCCUCGGCUACGAUGUAGUCGCCCUCAACCACACCAUCUCGGGGCCAAUUCCAACCCAACCGACGCCCAUCACAAACCCAGUCCCACAACUCACCCCUCCACACCCAUCCUACCCCGGCGGCGCAACAAUACCAGAACCAACAAAAACAACAACAAUAACAACAACAGCAAAAACCAAUCUCCCUACCAACGCUUCCUCCGCCCUACCCCCGUCCUCCAAAUCCAAGUCCAACUCCCCCUCCUCCUCGCAGUCCCUCCCGACAGUCCUCCGCCGCGCAACCCUCACGAUAACCGACCCGUCCACAACAAACUAUCGCCUCCCCGACUACGCGCGCGCGUACGACCUCCUCGCGCUCCGCCCGACCUCGGACAAAUCCUUCUCCUGGGCCUGCCUCUCCACCACCGACCCGCCGGCGCUCGUCUCGCUGGACCUGAGCUCGUACCUCGGCUGGCACAUCCACCACCGCACGGCCAUGGCAGCGGUGCAGCGCGGCGUACGGUUCGAGAUUUGUUAUUCGCAGACUCUUGCUUUUCCUCAGAAUGAUAUCAGCGGGGGAGGGGGAGCGGGGGUGGAUGCGGCGAGGCGGAGGGCGAAUUUCAUUGGGAAUGUGCAGUCGCUGAUCCGGGCGACCAAGGGUCGCGGGGUGGUCAUCAGCAGCGAGGCGCGCGGGGCGCUGGGCUUGCGGGGGCCGGCGGACGUGGUGAAUCUACUGGCGGUGUGGGGUUUGGGGCCGGAGAGAGGGUUUGCCGCGCUCGGGGAGGCGGCGAGGGCUGUGGUGGUGAACGAGGGGAUUAAGAGGAGGGGGUUUAGGGGUGUUGUGGAUAUCGUGCGGCCUGCGGAGGGCGGGCAAGGAAAAAAAGGGGAUGGGGAUGGGCGUGGGCAGGAAGCGGAUAGUGGAAAUGUGAAUGAAGCGAAGAAGCAGAAGCAGCAGCAGGGACAGCAGGGUCAAAAGAGAAAGGGUGGCGAUGCUGGCGCCGGCGGAAAUGCGGGCGGCCAGCAAGGGGAGAUGAGCAAGAGGCAGGCAAAGAAGUUGAAGAAGGAGAGGUCCCAAGCAAAAAAUACCUGAUAAGCUUGGAGCCAUGUACGUCUUCUUCACUUUGUACCACUACGCUAUCAACGUACCGGUAGGCGUGGCAUUACGAUACCCCUUAUAAAGAUGUUGGGCUGGGAGAAUGGGUAUGACGAAUUGGUUGAGAUCCCUUUAGUAAAAUACUUUGAGGAAGAAAAGAGCCGAAUCCAUCUGCGGCACAAGCAAUCGUAUAUAUACAAUGAAUCAGACUCAUCUGAGUUGUCCUCCCAUGUCAGCGGCACCAUGGCUAAGAACAGCAACAGGAACAUCAUCUAAACACGACAACAAAAAGGGGUAUAG